AUGGCGCAGGGGAGGGGACGAGGGUGGCUCGGGGGGCACGCACGCGGCGCGGGGCGGAGUGGAAGAGGGAGGGAAACGGGAAGACAAUGGAGAGGGAAGGACAGGGGAAGGGAAGGACGGGCCAGGGCUCAGGGCUCACCCGUAGGGGAGCGCAGUCCCCUCCGCAGUGCCCGGAGCUCGGCCCGUCCCGGCUGGGCGGGGACGCUCCUGUCCCUCAGCGCCCUCUGCUCCUCUCGCAGCGGCUACGACGGGCACAGCGACCUCCACGUGGGAAUCACCAAUUCCCAGGGUAUGGUGUACCACUACGACCAGGAGGGUGUGCACAGGUCUGCCAGUGGCUGGGAGCAGUGCAUCUGCAUCCCCCUGGUGCAGCCGGACAUGUGGGAGCUCCUGCAGCUCUGGGACAACCUCCUGGAGGAAUUCUCCUGGGAAGAGGCCUGGCUCCCUCACAGGUACGACGAGCAGCAGCACAACUGUUUCACCUUUGCCCUGGCCUUUGUGAACCGCGUGCGGCACGGCCGGGGCCGGGAGCCCCUGAGCAAAGCCCACUUCACAGAGAGCUUCCUGCUCCCCCACACCAGGGAGGCCUCCAGGUACCUCACCCUGCACCAGCAGCUGGCUCACACAGACGUCUACAUCGUGCCCUUGGCUGAGCAGGAGCAGGACAGCGUGGCUGCAAACCACAGCUUGCUGGAGUAGCAGUGGGGAAGGAAAGGCUGAGGCUCCACAGCUCAGGGUUCAGGGUUUAAUGUAGGUACAAACACCAUAACUUCAGCCUGCACCUCGGGGAGGGAUCAGGAUACUGAGCUUGUGCCUUCCAGUGAAGUAACACACACAGUGGGCACAUGGCACAGAAUUUCCAUGGGAACUAUGCAAAAAUGUUUUCUGAUUUAGCAUUCCCUGUGUGCUCUGUUCUGCAAAGACACUUCACCCCAGAAAUGAAAACUGCUGUGCAAUUCAGGGCUCUACAAAUGGACUGUGGGAACUUCAGCUGUAGCAAACCAAAAUGGCCUUUUCCUGUCACUUUUGUUUACUGAGUGAAGAAAAGGGAACGUGUCCCAAAUCCCUGUCUGACUGUUCAUCUCCUUUCCUUUAAUUAUUAAUAAAUAUAC